AUGGUUAAGAAAGCUAUCGAUUCGCGUAUUCCUGCGCUGGUGCGUAAUGGUGUGCAGACGAACCAGAGAUCGUUUUUCGUGAUUGUGGGCGACAGGGCGCGUGACCAGCUGCCGAACUUGCACUACCUGAUGAUGAGUGCGAACUUGAAAAUGAACAAGUCUGUUCUAUGGGCCUACAAGAAGAAGCUGCUUGGGUUCACAUCGCACAGGAAGAAGCGGGAGAACAAGAUCAAGAAGGAGAUCAAGAGGGGCACGCGGGAGGCGAACGACAUGGACCCCUUCGAGAGCUUCAUCUCAAACCAGAGCAUCAGGUACGUCUACUACAAGGAGACCGAGAAGAUCCUCGGGAACACGUACGGGAUGUGUAUCUUGCAGGAUUUUGAAGCUUUGACGCCCAACUUGCUUGCGAGAACCGUCGAGACCGUCGAAGGUGGUGGGAUUGUUGUGAUCCUGUUGAAGACGAUGUCCUCUUUGAAACAGCUUUACACAAUGACCAUGGAUAUCCACUCGCGGUACAGAACAGAGGCGCACGGCGACGUCGUAGCGCGGUUCAACGAAAGGUUUAUCCUGUCCCUAGGGUCCAACCCGAACUGUCUUGUUGUCGACGACGAGUUGAACGUGCUGCCCAUCUCGGGUGCCAAAAACGUGAAGGCUUUGCCGCCAAAGGACGAGGACGAAUUGCCCGCUAAGGAGGUCGAACUACGGGAGUUGAAAGAUUCUUUGGAGGACGUGCAACCCGCGGGCUCGUUGGUUGCGCUGUCCAAGACCGUCAACCAAGCUCACGCCAUCCUCACUUUCAUCGAUGCAAUCUCUGAAAAGACACUGAACUCCACGGUCGCAUUGACUGCUGGGAGAGGUAGAGGUAAGUCCGCAGCGCUUGGGAUCGCCAUCGCUGCGGCGGUCUCCCACGGUUACUCGAAUAUCUUUGUCACUUCCCCCUCGCCGGAGAAUUUGAAGACUCUGUUCCAGUUCAUCUUCAAGGGGUUCGACGCACUAGACUACCAGGAACACAUCGACUACGAUAUCAUCCAAUCAACAAACCCAGACUUCAACAACGCGAUCGUCAGAGUAGAUAUCAAGAGAGGGCACAGACAGACGAUCCAAUACAUCAUCCCUCAGGAUAACCAUGUAUUGGGGCAAGCUGAACUGGUCGUCAUCGACGAGGCAGCGGCCAUCCCGCUACCGGUGGUUAAGAAAUUGUUGGGGCCAUAUCUCGUGUUCAUGGCCUCCACUAUCAACGGUUACGAAGGUACAGGUAGAUCGCUAUCUUUAAAACUGAUCCAACAGCUCCGUAACCAGGCUAACGGUACUGGUCGUGAGGAAUCGCAAACCGCUGUGGUUUCCCGGGACAGCAAGAAGACGGUCGAUAACAUCACGUCAAGCGCCAGCGGGCCUCGCCAGUUGCGUGAGAUCUCGUUGGAUGAACCCAUCAGAUACGCGGAUGGUGACCCAGUGGAAAAAUGGCUAAACAAACUGCUAUGUUUGGACGUCACUCUGAUCAAGAACCCAAGGUUUGCAGCUAGGGGUACCCCUCAUCCAUCGCAGUGUAACUUGUUCAUGGUGAACAGGGACACGCUUUUCUCGUACCAUCCGGUCUCGGAGAGUUUCUUAGAAAAGAUGAUGGCUCUGUACGUGGCAUCGCACUACAAGAACUCGCCCAACGAUUUGCAAUUGAUGAGUGACGCGCCGGCUCACCAACUGUUUGUUCUUUUGCCACCGAUCGACCCGAAGGACGGUGGUAGAAUUCCAGACCCAUUGUGUGUAAUCCAAAUUGCUUUGGAAGGUGAGAUAUCGAAACAAAGUGUCAGGAACUCUCUGUCUAGAGGGCAAAGGGCAGGCGGAGAUCUAAUCCCCUGGUUGAUCUCGCAACAGUUCCAAGACGAAGAGUUUGCUGGGCUGAGUGGUGCCCGUGUCGUUAGAAUCGCAACAAACCCAGAAUACGCGUCAAUGGGGUACGGAUCCCGUGCCAUUGAACUGCUGAGAGAUUACUUCGAGGGCAAAUUCACUGACAUGUCCGAGGAUACAAAACCAAGAGACUACUCAAUUCAAAGGGUGGACGACAGUGAACUGGCUAAGGGGAACUUGUUGAAGGAUACAGUGAAGUUGAGGGACGCGAGCACUUUACCACCUCUUCUGUUGAAGCUUUCCGAGCAGCCACCUCACUUUCUGCAUUACCUGGGUGUCUCGUACGGGCUGACACAGUCGUUGCAUAAGUUCUGGAAGAACAAUAAAUUCAUCCCUGUCUACUUGAGACAGACAGCGAACGAUUUGACGGGCGAACAUACCUGUGUGAUGUUGAACGUGUUGGAAGGUAGACAACCAGACUGGUUGGUCGAAUUUGCUACCGAUUUCCACAGAAGGUUCCUGUCCUUAUUGUCGUACGACUUCAAGAACUUCACCACUGUGCAAGCAUUGAACGUCAUUGAAAGCGCCAAAAAGGCGAGAAAUUUGACGGACACUCCAUCCCGUGUCAAACCACUGACGAAGGAACAACUGGAUGACAUUUUCUCGCCAUUCGAUCUUAAGAGACUCGACAGUUACUCCAAUAACCUGUUGGACUACCACGUCAUCGUCGAUAUGCUGCCCAUGAUUGCGUUCUUGUACUUUGGUGGGAAGAUGGGCACGUCUAUCCACCUGUCUAGUGUCCAAAGCGCGAUCCUGUUGGCGAUUGGUUUGCAACACAAGAGCGUCGACAAGAUCACGGGCGAGUUGGGACUCCCAUCAAAUCAGACUAUUGCCAUGUUCGCCAAAGUCAUGCGCAAGAUCUCUGUAUACUUCAAAAACCUCAUCAGGGAACACGUUGGACAGUCGCUGCCCUCCGAGGCUCCAAAAGACGAAACCGUUGCUGAGAUGAACGGUGAAGAGGUGAAAGUGCUCGAUGCCGCUGAAACGUUCGACCAAAUGGAGGAAGACUUGGAGGAGGCCGGUACUGAGGCAGUGAAGGCCAUGCGAGAAAAGCAGAAAGAGCUUAUCAACUCUUUGAAACUGGACAAAUACGCUAUCAACGACAACGCCGAGGAAUGGGGGGAGACCGGCACGGAAUUGGAGAAGGCUGCAAAGAAGAACGGCGGUGUGGUCAGUGUCCAAACGGGCAAGAAGAGGAGCACGGAAAAGGCGGAAGAUAUCUACAAAAGCGAAUUGAACGCUGUAAAGAAGCAUAAGAAGUCGAAGAAAUCUAAAAAGUGA